AUGACCAACUGGUCAGAGAAAGCAGGGAUGCCAGGGCUGGGUGCCCUGGCUCAGGAUCACUUUGGGGACAGAUUGGGGCCCAACAGGGCCAGGGGCAAAUAUCUGACUGGAAACACUGUGCAGACAGUCCAGAGUGGACAAGCGGCCAUACUGGAUGAGGACUGCAGCCUGGAGCUGACCUUCCUUGUGGACAGCUCAGAGAGUGCCAAGGAGAACCAUGAGCAGGAGAAACGCUUCGCCAUCGACGUGGCAGAGAGGCUACCAAGCAUCCAGCUCAGGACGGGCCGUAGCCUGAGCGGGAAGGUGGCAUUGCUGCAGUACAGCAGUCACGUGCUCAUUGAGCAGACCUUCAAACAGUGGCGCGGCUUCGAGAACUUCAGGACCCGGAUCCUUCCCAUCGUCUACAUCGGCCAUGGCACCUACACCACCUACGCCAUCACCAACAUGACCAAGAUGUACGAGGCUGAGUCGGGGCCGGCCGCCAUCAAGGUGGCAGUGCUGCUGACCGAUGGAGUGUCGCACCCCCGCAAUCCGGACAUCUUCUCGGCCACGGCUGAUGCCAAAAACCAAGGGGUGAAGUUCUUCACGGUGGGCAUCACUCGCUCGGCCAAUGAUCCCACCAACGUGGCACAAUUGCGUCUGCUGGCAAGCUCGCCAGCUUCCCGCUACCUCCACAACUUGCAGGAUGUUGACCUCAUCGAGAAGAUCCUCACAGAGAUCGCUGAUUUGGCUAAUGAAGGGUGUCCUGCGGCCCAGAGAUGUUCUUGUGAAAAGGGAGAAAGGGGAACCAAUGGUCCAGCGGGUAAAAAGGGUCGCUCAGGAGAUGAUGGCAUCCCUGGACCCAAAGGACAUAAGGGUGAAAGUGGGAUUCCGGGACUUUCUGGUCGAGAAGGGGGACAGGGCAAACCUGGUUACAAAGGAGAGAGUGGGGAGCGAGGUGAAUGUGGAACUCCUGGAAUCAAAGGAGACAGAGGACCCGUGGGACCAGUUGGCACAAGAGGAGCCAGAGGACUACAGGGUUUACCCGGCCCCCAUGGUGACACUGGACCUGAGGGAAUACAGGGAAAGAAGGGUGAGCGAGGCGCCGCUGGCCCAGCUGGAAUUCAAGGAGAGAGUGGAAUUGGUCUUCCUGGAUCUAAGGGUGACCAAGGUUUCCAGGGGAGAUCAGGACCUCCCGGGCCUCAGGGGAUUGGCGAGCCAGGCCUACCUGGGCCUCAAGGGCCACAAGGUGUUGGAGGCGAAAAAGGACCUCAGGGAGAGGGAUUCCCAGGAGGAAAGGGAGACCGUGGACUGGAGGGACCGAGGGGGCCCCGCGGACAGACGGGCCUUGGAAUCAAAGGAGAAAAGGGAGAGUUUGGACCACCUGGUUUUUCUGGGCCUAUAGGGCUUUCUGGUGUUGGAAUCCAAGGAGAGAAGGGUGGACAGGGUCCCAGAGGUCCACCAGGUGGCAGAGGGCCACAAGGAGAGGGCUUACCUGGACCUAAGGGUGACACGGGCCUUCCAGGAGAGUUUGGAGCUCCGGGAGAGAGGGGGAUUGGAGAGCCAGGAACAAAGGGAGAUCCAGGUCUUGGUGGGUUAGCAGGUUUACCUGGGCUUCCUGGGGAAGAUGGAGCUCCUGGACAAAAGGGUGAGCCUGGGCUUACUGGUAUUAGAGGCCUUGAGGGAACACCAGGAAUUGGCACCCAAGGUGAAAAGGGAGACCAGGGGCAGCGGGGUGUCCGAGGAUUGUCUGGACCACAUGGGAUAAAUGGCCCCUCUGGGCCAAAGGGAGAGCCUGGUGUGCCAGGAAGACUUGGAAUGCCAGGACUUCCAGGACGUGCCAUUGCAGGGUCUAAGGGUGACGUCGGUCCUCAAGGGUCUACUGGGCCCGUGGGUGAGACCGGGUACGGAUUACCAGGUCCUAAGGGUGAUCGUGGUAGUCCUGGCCCACUUGGUCCAUUUGGCCCCAAAGGAGAGGGCUUUCCUGGUCCAGGGGGCCCUCCUGGUCUUCCUGGUAUUCCAGGAGAGUCUGGGCCUGAGGGAAUUGGCAUUCAAGGACCUAAGGGUGAUGUUGGCUUCAGAGGCCUGCCAGGUCUACCUGGGGCCCAAGGGGAGGGACUGCCAGGACCACAGGGUAAUGUUGGACGAUCAGGUCCUCCAGGGCCUGCUGGACCCCCAGGGGAAGGCUUGCAAGGCCACAAGGGUGACCAGGGAUCUCAGGGAGUAACUGGGCCAAGAGGGGCACCAGGAGAAGGUUUCGCAGGCGCCAAGGGUGAUCGAGGCCUGCAGGGAGAGAGGGGAAACAAAGGCUUUAAAGGAGAUAUGGGAGACCAUGGACAUUCUGGCGAGCCUGGAACACCAGGAACCAAGGGAGAAGCAGGACUCACUAGGGAAGAUAUCAUCAAACUGAUCAAGGAGAUCUGUGGAUGUGGUAUCAAGUGCAAGGAGAUGCCCAUGGAGCUGGUGUUCGUCAUUGACAGCUCAGAGAGUGUGGGCCCAGAGAACUUUGAGAUCAUCAAAGACUUUGUUGCGGCUCUGGUGGACCGCGUCACUGUGGGAAGGAAUGCAACCCGCAUUGGUAUGGUGCUCUACAGUCUGGACGUCCAGCUGGAGUUCAACCUGGCACGGUACAUGACCAAGCAGGAUAUCAAGCAGGCCAUCAGGAAGAUGCCCUACAUGGGCGAGGGCACCUACACUGGUACUGCCAUCCGUAAAGCCACCCACGAGGCGUUCUACAGCUCCCGCAACGGCGUCAAGAAAGUGGCCAUUGUUAUCACGGAUGGACAGACCGACAAGAGAGAGUCCAUCAAGUUGGACAUCGCUGUGCGGGAGGCUCAUGCUGCCAACAUUGAGAUGUAUGCCCUGGGGAUUGUCAACAGCUCAGACCCAACACAGGCUGAGUUCCUGCGCGAGCUCAAUCUGAUUGCGUCAGACCCAGACAGCGAGCACAUGUACCUCAUUGAUGACUUCAACACCCUGCCAGCUCUGGAAUCUAAGCUUGUGAGCAAGUUUUGUGAGGAUGAGAACGGUGCCCUCAUCUACAACAGCAUCGCAAAUGGCUAUGGCACCAAUGGUCAUGCCACCAAUGGUCAUGCCACCAAUGGCAAUGGCCAAAACGGGUAUAAUAUCCAUGGGAACAGUGGCCAAGACAGCAACUAUAAGUAUGAGGUAGAGGUUGUGGAAAGGAACCCCGUCAUCGCCCCUGACAGCUAUGGCAGAGGCCGAGGUGACAGCUUCUCUCUUCCCAUCAACGCUGGCCCAGCCCCUGCCAAGGUCCAAGAAGAGGAUGAUUAUUAUGAGGGAGAAGAUCUGGACCUACCACGACAUAGUAGCACCAUUGCCAUUGUAAACAAGUCGGUUCAACCUUCACAGCCAAUCACAUCUGAGAGGGGAGAUGCCUUCUCCACAGGAGCCAGUUCAUCCUCCUCAGGAGUUUCAGGGUCCUCCACAGCAUAUUUACAGCCAGAGGUGCCUCCUGUUGUGGUUCAACAGAAACUCCCCACGGAUCCCCGCUGUGAAAUGGUUUUGAGUCAGGGCACCUGUAGAGAGUAUGUCAUUCGUUGGUAUUAUGACAAACAGGCCAAUGCUUGUGCACAGUUCUGGUAUGGAGGUUGUGGUGGCAAUGACAACCGUUUUGAGAAGGAAGAGGAGUGCAAGAACUUAUGUGUCUAUGGACGAACAGUUGGUUAAGAAGAAGUAUGAAAAUGGGAACGUGUGAAUCUCUCAGUGAGUGAAGUCAUCCUCCUCUACAUCACCAAAGAGGACCUUAAAUAUGUGUGUAUGGCAGCACUGUUUUGUACAUGAUUGAAUGUUUGUAAGUUAGAGGACAAAAUUACACUGUCCCCCAGCAACAGAACUUCUUAUUGUUGAUAAGUAUGUGCUCUGUUAGAUAUCCAGAAUCCAGAAGUAGUUAAAAUUCUGUUGUCACAGAAAUGGACCCAUAUCAUCACUUGCUAUGUCUUACUUGUUUUCAGUUGUGACAUUAUUUCCUGUAUUGUCUUUUAAUUGUAUCUGCAACUCACUGUGUCACUGCACAGUGGUCAAACCUCUUCAUAGGGGGACUGAUAUAAUUGCUGCUCUGUAAUCGUAUGCCACUGAACAUUGCUGUAUGCCUCUGCACUAUGGCAUAUGUUAGUGUUGUAGGUUAUUUCAAAAUUUGACUGAAUACUGUGACACUGUACAUUUUAUAAUGGACAAAAUACACCAUAAAGGUCAUGUUACAACCGUUGAAAAUGUAGAUAACAGUAGUAGAGUAUUAAACAAUAGAUAUUAUUUUUGUAGACUACAUUUUGAAAACGAGUGCUUUGUAAUCUUAUCACGUCCAUUUACUGUGAAAUCUAAUGUCAUAUGAGUGGACGUAAAAAGAGCCUCUCUAUCCAAUGGUUGUAUUCUUAAUAUUUGAGAAUAGACAGUCUACAUGCAAAACUAGCUAGCUGUUUAUGAAAGUGGUUUUAAGACAUUGUAUUUAAUACAUGUUUUCAAUGAAUAAUCUCUAACCUCAGAUAAAUCUGUUUGUGUGACUGAACUUGUGAAUGUUUAUCCUUUUCACAGCGAUGUUUUGUACUUUUUUUAAAUAAAACAUGUAAUGUGAAUAAAUGUUGCUACUUGAUGAGAGGUCAAAACUUUUGUGCGAAACCGUGGAAGUGGAAGAACCCAAGAGAACAGUCUCUCAGUGCCUUUGAGGCCCCGUCAUAUGCUUGCACCUCACCUGAUGAUAUUAUAAUUAUAGGUCCAACACGUCAAUACUGCUAAGAGGCCACCAUCGCCCUCAUUAAAUCCAAAAUGGUAAAUAGUCCUGAUGUCAGGAGACAAGAACCAUAAACACAGUUCUCUAGUUGACAAUAAAUUAACUGAAACUAGUGGCUUGAAAACUCUCAGAAAAAAAUGAUUGAAUAAUUUCUCUAAUGGGAUUGAUAUCGUUCAUAAAGUUGCUGUACAAUUACGACACUGCAUUGUUGAUUUGCUUUCCUCUGAAUUGUGGUAGAAACUGUGUCAAGUUACACACAUAUUUAAAUUAAAUAACCACUCAAGAAACAAACAGCUGGUCCUACUCUCUUAACUUAUUCCUCCCAAACAUCUUAGAUAACAAGAAACUGUUACCUGCCUCAUUUAUCUAGUCUGCUAAAAUCAGACAAAUGUAAUACAAAUACUGCAAAAACUCCUGUCCCCAGGGAAAAGGCUAUAGCCUAUGAUUGAAAGUCAAUCAUAUGCAUCACAGACAAAAUCCUCAGGAAGCUGAAGAAGACAUACAUUAUGGGAGAAUGUGACCUGAAGGAAGAUAUGGAAGGCUAUUAGUUUACCCAUACAUUCAUGGCUUCAGGCAAAGGCUAUGUGGGUGGCCACAGAAGAAGCUGAAGCACUGCUUGGUUGGACAGUGAAAUGUUUAAAUUUGCACACGCUAAAUGUACAAAACUUUGAUUCAGAUAAUGAAGCCAUUGUGAUGUAUAAAUGCACUUUACAGACAAUGUGACAAUAAAUUGUGUCUGACAUGUUGUUCAGUUGAUAUCACACAAAAACACUUCUCAACCUGGAUGUCAUCUUGACAUCCUGUUACAUACAUUAAAGCCACCCCCUUCUUUCUUGUCUGCUGCUUAUUCUCAUCACAUCACAUCACAAAAACUCCUCAUAAAAAGCCUCAAUCAUGCAAGCGUUUACUUAUGUUUUACUGCCCCCUUCUGUACAAGAUCAGUACUGGCAUGUGUUAUCAAACAUAUUGUGCACUGUAAAACUCAUUUCAUUAAAAAGGAAAAAACAACUUUAUCACAGU